AUGUGGGUCAACCCUGAAGAGGUGUUGCAGGCGGGUGCGUUGUGGAUAACCGAGCGAGCGAAUCCUUAUUUCAUCCUCCAGAAACGCAAGGGCCACGGGGAUGGCGGAGGAGGACUAGCGGGCCUGCUGGUGGGAACCCUGGACGUGGUGCUGGACUCCAGCGCUCGAGUGGCCCCCUACAGGAUCCUCUACGAGACGCCUCACUCCCUUACCUACUGGCUCAUCGCUCAUGGAAGCUCCCGUAAGGAGAUCACGGAGCACUGGGAAUGGUUGGAGCAGAACCUCCUGCAGACGCUGUCGAUCUUCGAGAACGAGAAUGACAUCACUACCUUUGUCAAGGGGAAAGUUCAGGGCAUCAUCGCGGAGUACAACAAGAACCAUGACGUGAAGGAGGACGAUGACACCGACAAGUUUAAGGAGGCCAUCUGUAAGUUCCGGAAGCUUUUCGGCAUGCCCGAAGAGGAGAAGCUUGUUAACUACUACUCGUGUAGCUACUGGAAGGGCAAGGUGCCUCGGCAGGGCUGGCUCUACCUCAGCAUCAACCACAUCUGCUUCUAUUCCUACCUGCUGGGCAAAGAAGCCAAGCUGGUGAUCCGCUGGGCUGACAUCACCCAGCUGGAGAAGAGCGCGACCCUCCUCCUCCCCGAUGCUGUCAAGGUGAGCACACGGGCGGCCGAGCACGUCUUCUCCGUCUUCCUGAACGUCAACGAGACCUUCAAGUUGAUGGAGCAGCUGGCCAACAUUGCCAUGCGACAGCUGCUGGACAACGAGGGCUUCGAACAGGAUCGCUCCUUGCCCAAGCUCAAGCGAAAGUCUCCCAAGAAGGUGUCCGCACUUAAGAGGGACCUGGAUGCCCGAGCGAAGAGUGAGCGCUACCGGGCUCUGUUCCGCCUGCCCAAGGAUGAGAAGCUGGACGGACACACCGGUUGCACGCUUUGGACGCCCUUCAACAAGACCCACAUCCUGGGCCAGAUGUUUGUCUCCACCAACUACAUCUGCUUCACCUCCAAGGAGGAGACCCUGUGCAGCCUCAUCAUUCCCCUACGAGAGGUGACAAUCGUGGAAAAGGCAGAUAGCUCCAACGUGCUGCCCAGCCCGCUGUCCAUCAGCACCAAGAACAGGAUGACCUUCCUGUUCGCCAACCUCAAGGACCGCGACUUCCUGGUGCAGAGGAUCUCCGACUUCCUGCAGCAGACCACCUCCAAGAUCCGCUUCGAGAGGGAGAUCGCCGGGAGUCUCAGCAGCUCCGAUGACGAGGUGUACUCCCAGCAGGGCUCCCUCCUCUCCAGCAGUCCCCAGCGGAGCAGCCUAGGCUCGGAGGGGUUCUCCGAGGGCGAACGGCAGUUCAACCUCAACGACAACAGCGUGCCGACUGCCACUCAGGCACUGAUGACCAUGUACCGACGCCGCUCCCCGGAGGAAUUCAACCCCAAACUGGCCAAGGAGUACCUGAAGGAGCAGGCGUGGAAGAACCACUUCACAGAGUAUGGCCAAGGAAUGUGUAUGUACCGGACAGAGAGAACCAAGGACCUGGUGCUCCAGGGAAUCCCUGAGAACAUGAGGGGAGAGCUGUGGCUGCUGUUCUCUGGCGCGAUCAACGAAAUGGCUACCCACCCGGGUUACUACGAGGACCUGGUGGAGAAGUCCAUGGGGAAGUACAACCUGGCCACGGAGGAGAUCGAGAGGGACCUGCACCGCUCGCUCCCCGAGCACCCCGCCUUCCAGAACGAGAUGGGCAUUGCUGCUCUCCGUAGGGUCCUCACGGCGUACGCCUUCCGGAACCCCAACAUAGGAUACUGCCAGGCCAUGAACAUAGUGACAUCGGUGCUGCUGCUCUACGCUAAGGAAGAGGAGGCCUUCUGGCUCCUGGUGGCCCUGUGCGAGAGGAUGCUUCCUGACUACUACAACACCCGGGUUGUAGGAGCUCUGGUAGACCAAGGUGUUUUCGAGGAGCUGGCCCGGGAAUACGUCCCUGAGCUUUACGACUGCAUGCAGGACCUGGGCGUCAUCUCCACCAUCUCCCUGUCCUGGUUCCUCACCCUGUUCCUCAGCGUCAUGCCCUUCGAGAGCGCCGUGGUGGUGGUCGACUGCUUCUUCUACGAGGGCAUCAAGGUCAUCUUCCAGCUGGCGCUCAGUGUGUUGCACGCCAACAUUCACCAGCUGCUGGAGGCCAAGGACGAUGGAGAGGCCAUGACCGUGUUGGGAAGGUACCUGGACAGCGUGACCAACAAGGACAGCACCCUGCCCCCCAUCCCCCAUCUCCACUCCCUGCUGACGGACGAUGGGGAGCCCCACCCGGAUGUGGACAUCUUCAAACUGGUCCGCAGCUGCUACGAGAAGUUUGGCUCCAUCCGGGCGGAUGUGAUCGAGCAAAUGCGCUUCAAGCAGAGACUGAGAGUAAUCCAGACUAUUGAGGACACGACCAAACGCAACGUGGUUAGAACCAUAGUGACAGAAACCGCCUUUAGCAUUGAUGAACUGGAGGAGCUGUAUGUCCUGUUCAAGGCGGAGCACCUGACCAGCUGCUACUGGGGUGGCACGGGCAGCAGCAACCCCACAGAUCGCCACGACCCCAGCCUUCCCUACCUGGAGCAGUACCGCAUCGACCUGGAGCAGUUCAGAGGCCUGUUCAGCCUCCUGUUUCCCUGGGCCCCGGCGAACAGCGCCCACUCGGACCCCCUGGCCCAGCGCCUCUUCAGGCUCCUGGACCACAACGGAGAUUCGCUCAUUAACUUCAGGGAGUUCAUUAGCGGACUGAGCAUUCUUUGCCACGGGGAUCUGACUGAGAAAUUGAAGAUCCUCUACAAUAUGCAUGUGAUGCCUGAGGUGACCCAUGAGCAGGAGGAACCCGACUCUGCCUUCGAAGCCACCCAGUAUUUCUUUGAGGACAUCACCCCAGAAACAUCUAACGGCCUUGACCCCAAGUGCAAAAGUGAGAAGGACGAUGGCUUUGUCAGGGUCACAUUCAAGACUGAGAAAGUAAAGAAACUGCAGGCCCCUGAUUACCGCAACUACCUGAAACUCUGGAACCGGGGGACCAAAAACAACCUGGAGAACGUGAAGGAUCUGCCGAAACUCAACCAGAGCCAGUUCAUUGAGCUGUGCAAGACAUUGUACAACAUGUUCAGUGAGGAUGCCCAGGAGCAAGAGCUGUACCACGCCACAGCCACGGUCACCAGCUUGCUGCUGGAGAUGGGCGAGGUGGGAAAACUCUUCUGCUGCCCUACCAAGGACCCAGAGGAAGAGGACCUUGAGGACCCAGGGGAGGCCAAACCCUGCGAACCAGCCCUGGUUGGAGGGGCCCAGCCUGGGAGCGUCUACCACGAGAGGGUCCAGGGAGAGGGGGAGGGGGAGGAGGAGGAGGGGGAGGCCAGGCCGCAUGGCCCUGGGAACGGGGACAGCGGUGGCGAACAGCUGUCCGGCAUGGAGGACAUUAGGUUGGAGGACUCGUCCCCGAAAGACACGGGCACGUCAUCCUCCAUGCUGAUCUCAGACGACGAGACCAAAGACGACACGUCCAUGUCGUCCUACUCCGUCCUCAGCACCGGCUCCCACGAGCUUGACGACAAGCUACACUGCGAGGAUAUCGCCGACGACACGGUCCUGGUGCGCAGCGCGAACGGGCCCCCUGGAGGAGGGAACGGGCCUCUCGGCGGAGGUAGGGCCCGGGGCGGAGGCGGGGGGAUGCCUCACAGCACUAGCGUUGAUAAAGACUGGGCCAUCACCUUUGAGCAGUUCCUGGCCUCGGUGCUCACCGAACAGGCCCUGGUGCUUUACUUCGAGAAGCCGGUGGACGUGGCGGCACGCAUCACCAACGCCAAGAAUGUAAGGAAAGCAGGGCGCCCCCUGCUGUCCACCAGUGACUAUGAGAUCUUCUUGUCCGGCUAACGGGUGGCGUGUGAUUGGAAUUAAAGAGACUUCAUAAGAGACAGUGAGACUCGUAUCCUGUAGGUUGACUGUUUAGGAAUACAGGGAAAAAAACGGUGAAUCUACCUUUCUUUUAUGUAUAUGUGUAACGUGUAGUUAAAAAGUCUUAUGCACUUUUCCGAGGGGGGGGGGGGGGGGCUGGUUGAGUGAGGAUGCCAGUCUUGGAACUGAAAUGUGUUAACAUUUGUGUAUGAUAGCGUGAGAGUUGCUCUAAGCAAUGUCUUUUACACGAUGUCAAAAACACCUGUUUUAUUAGAGUGUGAAGCAGAGGUUAAUAAGGACAUAAGGGUUUUAUCGAUCUCUGGUCUCCGAUGGGAUCCGGCAGGGCCGUGCUGUAUGUACUGUACAUGUAUUAGCUGAUCUUGCUUUACUUUAUAUGAAGUCAUGUAUACAUGUUACGACUAAUAAUCUCAAAACCAAUUAGACCGCUACGUAUCAGGGUUUUUAGGGCUUGCGGACCCACAAACCAGUCUAGGAGUCGCCUGGCUCUGCCCCAGAGGACCACUGCUCACUCCUUAUAAUGUGCUAACUGCUAGGCGAAUUGACUGACAAGCUGUGGCUAAGUUUUUCUCGCUGCUAAUCUGCAAGCCUCUAAUUUACACCAGUAACUAUCGGGUCAGUUGGGUAGCUUCCGCUCGCUAUAAUAGACAGCUGACUGGAUCGUACUUUUGGAGUUCAUGCGUUUAGUUCCCACCGGUUCAGGUUAACCCAAACUAACAUUUGGACUGAAACCCAUCUUAGAAGAGUUGAAAACCAUGCAUCUGACUCCUGAGGUAAAUUUAGUAGGGAUAACACUGUACAGGUUUCUGUUCGUGUGGAAGCUUAGCCUACAUAAUGAAGUUGUUCUCCUCAAUGUCUCUUCAACCAGAGCACCAGCACUUUGUUCAUCACCCCAAAAAAGGUUUACAACAAUCCUUCCUUGCAUCUUUUCUUUAUCAAUUCCACUAGCAUGUCUUGUCUUUCCCCCACUCCUAUACUCAUUUUUUGAACUCUCCAAAAGCUGGUCUUUUUUUUUCCUCAAUCGUUUUUUUUUAUCACAUUAGUACAAUGUUUUUAACUCUUUUUGUUUUGUAUAUUUUUACGCUUUUUGUUUGUUUUUAUUGGUUUCAGUGUAAAUGCUUUGGUGUCCCCCGUGUACAAAAGCCAGGAUUGUAAGUGUCCUGUAUCACUUCAACUAAUUACAAAGUGUAGAAUAAACGAUCCUAUGCUAAGUAUUAA